AGAAUGUCGGGAAAUGGUGAUUGACAGACCUGAUCGUAUGAUGAAAAUAUAUAAGAUCGUUACGAGAUUUCAAAUAUUGGGUAUGCGGGGAACCGGGGUUUGACAGGGUUUGGCCGGGGUACAAAAGCCAGUUAUGUGUGUUUUGUCCUCUUCACUCCCGCUUCAUACUUGACCCCCAUGGCCGAUCUGGAAAAAGGAACAACCACUACGACAACUUCUGGCGUCGACCACCGUCCAUAUGCCGACAAUGGCUCUGCGGCGUACAGAAACUCCCCGACGACACCAGUGAGAACCAACAUUGCCAAUCCUGGGACUCUCGGCUUGUUUUCAUUCGCAUCGACGACACUGAUUCUCUCACUGUACAAUACCUCGGCCCGGGGCGUUAACACGCCGAAUGUCGUAGUCGGCAUGGCUCUCUUCUGUGGGGGACUUGUACAGCUCUUGGCUGGGAUGUGGGAGUUCGCCAAGGGUAACACAUUUGGUGCUACAGCGUUCUCCUCCUAUGGCGCCUUUUGGCUCUCCUACGCAACCAUUCUCAUUCCCGGUUCCGGUAUCAGUGAUGCUUUCACCGACGUUCCAUCCCAAGAACCUAAUGCGAUUGGAAUAUUCCUCAUGACAUGGAUGACAGUAACGUUUUUGCUAUUUAUUGCCUCUCUCCGUAAAAAUAUCGGCUUCAUCGCGCUCUUCUUCUUCCUUACCUUCACCUUCAUGUGCCUUGGUGCAGGCAAUUUCGUUGUCGCUUCUGCCCCUCAUGCCUCUGCCGGCUUAAUCAAAGCAGGAGGAGCUUUAGGAAUCAUAACGGCGCUCAUUGCGUAUUAUGUUGGCUUGAGUGAACUACUAGCUUCAGAGAGGGCAGCGGUGGUCGGAUUACCUAUUGGGGUUUUCAAACAUGAUUGAACCACUCCGGUCAGUCGCUAGAUGCGGGGCAGCGGAUUUUGUACGAGUCCAUUGCGGGGCCCACAGCACCAUUUUCGGUCACUUUCUAACCUUUUUAUUACGGAAUGCGAUUUGCCGUAAAGUCUUCCUGAAUUCUGUAUCAUAGUACCUUCUAGUAUCCCUCAGUAAAUUGUUUUUUGACUGUACUGUACACCUAUUGUUUCAUGUAUUUAAACAUACCCCGAAUUUUUUCGCAAAGAGUAAGGUCUAGCAGACCACUGGCGCUUAUGCAAGUAUUAUAAGCGCUCACGACGUCACAGCCUCGUCUCUUUUCUUUCCCGCCCUCGUAGGAUCAACGUUAACUGGCGGUCAAUUUUGGGCUUUUCCGUGUCUAUCAAUCCACUUUUUUUCUUCAUUCAUACUGAUGUCCCGGUCAUAAUGUUCACUCCUCGUGGCGUUCCUCAAUCUAUCCUCGUCUUUUACAAAACUCAAAUAUCGGCAUAGCCUCAUUCUCC